AAAAAAAACAUGGUCUCCGAUUAGAAUGCGAAGUGCGUCGCAUCAAGAUGUUUCUUUGAUCUAUGUUUGAAGAGCCACACGGAAAAGUGUCAGCUCAUUAUAGACAUUGGGAGUGUGUAUAUUAUUAUUAAAAGUUCGCAAUGCCGCUGGAGAAUUUGGAAGAGGAAGGUUUGGAGAAGAAUCCGAACUUGGAAUUAGCACAAACUAAAUUCUUGCUAAGCCUUCCCGAACACAAAGAUGAUCCCCAUCUGAAGACGAAACUCCUGGAUGCUAUCAAAACCGAUAAUAUGGCUCCAUUCUAUGAAGAAGUAUGUAAAAACCUGGAUUGGCCAGUAGAUGAAGCGCUUCUUUCAACGAUGAAGGCACAUAAUGCGGAACAGUUGAAAAAACUCGAUGACACUAUCGAAGAUGCUGAGAAAAAUUUGAGCGAGAUGGAAGUUCGGGAAGCCAACUUGAAGAAAUCUGAACAUCUGUGUCGAAUAGGCGAUAAGGAAGGUGCAAUCUUGGCAUUCAGGAAAACCUAUGACAAAACAGUAUCAUUAGGACAUAGACUAGAUAUUGUGUUUCACAAUAUUAGAAUUGGCUUGUUCUAUCUGGAUCAUGAUCAUAUUACGAGAAAUAUCGAAAAAGCUAAAUGUUUGAUAGAAGAAGGUGGCGAUUGGGACAGGAGAAACCGUUUAAAGGUCUAUCAAGGAACAUACUGCAUAGCAGUUCGCAACUUCAAAGAAGCUGCAAACUUCUUUCUGGAUACAAUUAGCACAUUUACGAGUUACGAACUUAUGGAUUAUAAUACAUUUGUGAGGUACACAGUAUACUUAAGCAUGAUAAGCCUACCACGUAACGAACUGAGAGACAAAAUCAUUAAGGGAUCCGAAAUAUUGGAAGUUCUCCAUAGUAAUCAGGAUGUCAAGGAUUAUUUGUUCUCGUUGUAUAAUUGUCAUUAUGCAGACUUCUUCAAAAAUCUUGCACACGUUGAAGGUUUACUGCGCCGAGAUUAUUUAGUAUUUCCGCACUAUCGAUAUUACGUUCGAGAAAUGCGGAUUCUCGCGUACACGCAGCUACUGGAAUCUUAUCGAUCUUUAACUCUCCAAUAUAUGGCUGAAGCAUUUGGUGUUACAGUAGAAUACAUUGAUCAGUAA